CGAAUUCCAAUGUGAAAGUGAAGUAAGCCAAAGGGUGGUUGCGUAGGGUAGGGUAGGGUGAAGCAACUGAGCUGUGAAGAGUACGAUGAUGACAUAAUAUUCGUUCCCAAAUUGGCCAAUCGCAAUGCUUCCUUACUCGCUCACUCCCAAACCCUUUUUAUAGUGGCAAAUCCGUCCAUCCAAGUAUCCAAUCAAAGAAAAAUAAGAAAAAAACAAACACUACUAUUAUAACAGAAAAAAGAGAAAGAGAGAGCUAGAAACGCGGCAUGGCGUCGUCGAAGAUUGUCACGACGAAUACGGAUCUGCCACGCGACUCUUCUUCUUCAUCAUCGUCUUCUUCUUCUUCUUCCUCUUCUGCUGCUGCUGCUUCUUCUAAUUAUUACUCCCUUCUUCACAAUCAAAAUCUGCAUUAUUAUUCAAACUCGUCCGUGGUAAUGGACGAUCUUCUAAACUCCAUCUACACCACCACAACAACCACCACCUCUCACCCCUCAAAUCCUUCUUCAUCCCCUCCUCCUCCGCCCAAAACCGUCGAUGAUGUCUGGAAAGACAUGAUCCUAACCCACUCUCACAGAGACUCAACUCACCAUAAUCACCACCCGUUCGAGGAAAUGACCCUUGAGGCUUUCCUCUCAAAAAACGCUGCCGUCACUGAUGACGACGUCACCGCUGUUGCUCCUCUUCAUAAUCAUCAUCCUGUUCCUCAUCAGUUCCCGCAGGUGCCCGCCGUUGAAGGCUCAUCCUCCUCCGCGGCUGAGCCUUUUGCCAAUGGGAUUGAUGCUGCGGUGGCAAGUGGAGUCCCAGCACCCUCGUCAUCAUCAGGAGGAGGCGGCGGUGGUGGAGGAGGAGGGGCAGCUGCGGUGGCAAAGGGGAAGAGAAGGGCGGUGGAGGAACCAGUGGACAAGGCCACUCUUCAAAAGUAGAGACGCAUGAUCAAGAAUCGUGAGUCUGCUGCUAGGUCCAGGGAACGCAAGCAGGCUUACACAUCUGACCUUGAGUCUAAUGUUCAACAGCUGGAGAUAGAGAAUGCCCGGUUAUUGAGUGAAGAGGCUGAAAAGAAAAAGAAGAGAUUGAAGGAGCUUCUUGAGUUCGUCAUCCCAGUUGUGGAGAAGCGUAAACCAAAAAAGCUUCUAAGAACGAAUUCAGUUCAGUCAUUGUGAUCAGUUUAUGGCAUGAUGUAGAUACAAGGGGAAACUUUACAAGAGGGAGCAAAGGUUACAGGGUGUUAAUAUACCUUAGCUGGUUCCCGGAGUCACAUUGUAUACAGAAAAUAGCUGCAGCAAAAUAAUUCAAGUAAUUUGAUUCAACUUCAACGUACAUUGUUGGUCCAUUGCUUGCGGAAGAUCCAUGGUGCUGGGUGGACUUUGCCAGGGUAGUCCUUGUUAGGAAAAAGUUGAAAUAAGAUUGCAUUGUUUUAUGUUAACUGAUGCAAUCUGAUUGAAUACUAUGCUUGAUUUCAUUCAUGGCAAUGGGGGAAGCGAGGGGUGGUGAGAGGAAUUAAUAAAAGGUGCAUGCUCACAUACAGGUCGCAAGGUUUACAGUUGUUACAAUGUUGCUAUUGUUGUGGUAUGGAGGCAGCCACAUGUAACUGGAGGCUAUGAUUAUUUCAUUUUUCUGUCUGCUUCUUGUCUAGUAGAGAACAGGUUCAUGAUAAAAAUUGAAAUAUAUAAAUAAAUUUCGACCAUCAUGAUAUCAUAUGAUGGUUAGGAUUCAUUCUUCUAAUAUUUCCAUGAUAA